CCGCGAGUCCACGAAUCUCUGUGAAAGAUUUUUGUGCCUCUGCGACCAAAUCACGAGGCAAGGAAACGUUUGUGCUGGGGAAGUGGGUCGUCGCCACUCGCCAGAGACCGGGAAACGGAGUGGGAGAGAGAUGGGGCGGGAGGUCGCGGAGAAGACUCAGACCCCGCUUGAGAAGCGGCCGUCGAUUCUAAUGGUCGGUUCCUCGAACGCCGGGAAACGGACUCUUCUCUCAAGACUGAUUUCAGAAGAUUUUCUGGAUAUGGGCGACAUAACAUCUAAAUGUUCCUGCUAUGGGUGGACAAUUGAUACGAAAUAUUAUCUAGCAGAUCUUUCCAUAUGGGUGGAACAUCUUGGUGAUAGUUUUCCUGAGAAUUUGUCAGUGACCUACCAGCAGCCAUUGGCACUGGUGAUGGUGUUCGACCAAAGUAAUAUGUCAUCUUUUGUAGCUCUCCAGGAUUGGGUUUCUGUGAACAGUCUCCAAAACUUUGAAAUACUAUUAUGCGUUGGUAACAAAGCAGACCUUCUUCCCAAUCACUUUGCUUUCACUGAAUAUAGAAGUCGCUUGCAAAAGCAUGGGGAAUGCUCCAGUGAUCCACAUCCGGAAUUCCUGGAUUAUGGAAUCCUUGACAACGAAGGUUGUAGCUUACUUAGUGGAGAUGAAGUAGAAGCAGAUACGCCUGAGAUCGGAAAGUUGUGCAUGGAUUGGUGCAGAGAACACAACAUUGAAUAUGUUGAAGCCUGUGCAGCAAAUGCUGAUUUUGACAAAUGUCUAUCAACUAAUGGAGAUAUACAAGGAGUAGAUCGUGUCUAUGGUGCGCUUUCUGCUUAUAUGUGGCCGGGAUUGAUUAUGAAAUCUGAAAAUAAGAUGCCUCAUGUGUGUGCAUAUUCAUUUGAGAAAGUAUCUUCAGAUGAGUCUGAUAUUGAAAUUGAAUAUGAAGUCCUAUCAAAAGGCUCAGCUGAACCCUGGGAUGAUACAGAUGACACGUGGGUUGCAUUGAGCAGCACUGAUAGAGCUGAGGAUUCCAAAGAAAUUGCUAGUGAAGAUGUUCCAGUUGACAAAGGCAUUCGGGACUCUGAACAAUGUAAGGAUUCUGCAUCAGAUGGACUUGUUUCCACAGCGGAAGAAUUGGCAUCUUCUCCAAAAGCAGGUGAAGGCACAACUGAGCCAGAACAUGUGGAUACAAGCCGGGGCUUCGAAGAUUUGGAGCAGUUAAUGUGUGAGAUCAGUCAUAUGCGAGAGAACUUGAGGCUGAUGCCUGACAUGCAGAGGAAGGAGAUGGCAGCAGCACUUGCCAUGAAAAUGGCCGCUAUGUUCGCAGAUGGUAGUGAUGAGGAUGCCAGUUGAUGCGCGGGCAGUAGUUAUGGGGAUGCAAGUUGAUGUGUUGAUGUUCGGAAGCUGGAACGAGCAGAGAGUCAUCUGUUAUAAGUCACGUGCCGGUUUUCAUUUAAAGGCAUCAAGUGUGUUAUUGUAGUUUCGAGAUCUUAUAUUUUGCCUUACAUUUUGAGGAAGUUACUACUGCCCGCAUUUUAUUUA